GUUAGCUCACGUAUACCUAAACGACACUUGUAGGCAUAUACCUUACUUCUCCUGUUCCGUUCUGGUAGUUUCGCUUUUAAGCGCAGUUUUGGAAGUUAAUAUAAAAGUUGUUUCUUACCUGAAUCAGCUAUAUUUCAUUAGGAACGCCUUUAACAUUUAACUGGAGAAGCUGGAAAAAAAACGCAGUAAAAUCAUGGUAUGAAGUAGCCAUUUAGAUUGUCCGUUAUAUUCAAAUGUCCAAAGACGCAUAAAUACGAUGACGUGACCAAUCGGGAUGGAGAUGACACAAUUUCUACAGGAUGACCUGGCUCGCAUGGACGAUCUGUCCAUCAACAGCAUCCAGAAAUGUUUGAGGGCGAGAUAUGAAAGAGAUCUGAUUUACACAAACGUCAGUGACAUAUUGAUUGCCAUUAACCCACGGAAGGAACUCAAGAUUUAUGACGAAAAGACCCACGACAAAUACCAUGCUGACAAAUAUGGGACAGAAGUGGAACCGCAUAUUUUUCAAAUUGCAUCAACAGCCUACAGGCGCAUGCGUGAAAAUGAUGCAAAUCAGGUCAUUAUUGUGUCUGGAGAAAGUGGAGCCGGAAAAACAGAGAGCACCAAACAUAUGGUGAAACAUAUGGUCCAUAUGAGCCAGAAAGCAGAUAUGGAACUACACGAGAAAAUCGUGAAGAUCAACCCUCUGCUUGAAGCUUUCGGCAAUGCUAAAACAAUUAUGAAUGACAACUCAAGCAGAUACGCUAAAUAUCUUGAGAUAAGCUUUAAAGACGGUGGCGAGCUAGCUGGAGCGGUGGUUAGGGACUAUAUGUUGGAGAAAUCACGUGUUGUUCAUCAGAAUGAUGGUGAAGGAAACUUCCACAUUUUCUAUGCAUUGUUUGCUGGAUGCCAUCAAGAGGCCCUUGAUGACUUAUUUCUCAACGAACCCGCAGACCGUUACAGGAUUAUGCAAAGUGACCCAAUCAAUCUCGGUGAGACUGAAAAAUAUAAACAGAUGUAUUAUGAAAGUAUGGACAUUCUGCAAAAGAUCAAUGUUAACAGUGAAAUACUUCAAGCGAUGCUUGCCGCGGUAAUUCUCAUUUCUGAGAUAGAAUUUGAUGAGGAUAACAGAGGAGCUUCUCAAAUAGUGGAUGCAGCAACAUUUGCACAUGCGGCUAUACUACUUAACCUUGAUGAAAUCACAUUCGGCGAGGCGCUCAUAACCAGCAAGCGUAAAGUCCGAGACGAUUAUGUUGCAACACAUAAAACAGUGAAACAAGCAAAUGAUGGUCGUGAUGCACUGGCUAAAAUGUUGUAUGAAAGAAUAUUUGGCUGGUUGGUCAGAAUGAUAAAUCAGGAUCUUCAUCCAAACAGACUCGGAUCAAGUAUAGCUGCGAACAUAGGGAUAUUAGAUAUUGCCGGGUUUGAGAAACUACAGAACAAUAGCUUUGAACAACUAUGUAUAAAUCUGGUCAACGAAAAGUUACAGAGCUUCAUGAAUAGGAAGAUCUUUACGAUGGAGUUAGAAAUAUACAAAGAGGAGGGAAUUCAGUUGGAUGGAAUAAAUUUCAAAAACAAUGACGAAUUAUUGGCUAUGUUUGAAACGCCAAAAUCUGGUGUGUUGGCUAUACUGGAUGAGAACUCCAAUACUCAGCAUGCAUCUGAUGUAGGAUUUGUCCAACAGUUGAAAACAAAGUUUGGCAAGCAUGAACUGUUCAUACAACCGCCAGGAGACAGACCGAUUUUCUGCAUCCAGCACUUUGCUGCUUUGGUUUCGUACAAUGCAGAAGGCUUUCUAGAGAAAAAUCGUGACAGAUUGAACGACGAACUGGUUCAAGUGAUGCGAGAGAGCUCAGAUGAAUUCAUAGCUGACCUGUUCACCAUAAAAAGGGGACCAACUGGAACUAUUUCAAUGGAGCCCAGUUUUCAGUUUCGGGCUUCACGCCGAGGAGUUCCAGUAAUGUUGCCAGGUAAGCCUAAACAACUAAAACCAACACCACAAGGAGCUGCUCUAGCCGCAGAACUCGGUAAAAGUCUUAAGAAAAAGUUUGGAACCGUACAGAGACCAUCCGAGAUGACACAAAUCACGCCAGGAAAGAAACAUGGAACGCUUGUUUCCUUUUUCCAGAACUCAUUGAUGCAGCUAUUAGAGAAACUAGGUGACGGAGAUCCAUUCUUCGUAAGGUGUAUAAAAGCCAACUCGAAUCUUAGAGCAGACGACUUUGACGAAGCAGUUGUAAUGGAUCAGCUUCGAUACAACGGUUUAGCUGAAAUAGCAAAGAUCAGAAAGAUGGGUUUUGCAGUUAGGAAGUUAUACAGCGAUUUCUUUAACAGGUACCGUGGUUUAUUCCCAUUACCUCCGUUAGAAAGACAGUCAGAUGUAAACCAAAGCCUUCUUCUUCUAGUCCCAUCAGCCUAUCAUAGAGACUUCAGAUGUGGAAAAACAAGGGUAUUUAUGACAAGCGAGUUGAAUGACUGGUUUGGGCGUUUAUUGCGCUGUCGUCAGAAGACUGCUGCUCAGACUGUCACGAGAUGUAUGCGUAAAGUAGCAGAAAUCAAGAAAGAGGUAAGACGUCAAGAGGCUGAGAGGAAACGACCGGAGGAAAUAGAAAGACGCCGGAGAGAGAAGGAAAUGUCUCAGUCAGGCGGUCUUAAAUCGACACUGAGAAGCACAUCAACGAAGCCCUUAGGUGCCUCAUCUAGGACAGUGACAAAUGGAGGUAGUGAGCCUUCUUCGUCUGGAUCGUCGUCGUCGUCGUCGUCAUCCGGAGGCUAUGACAUGGAACCACCUGCUAAUCCUCUUGGAAGUACUGCGCCGCGUGAUGGAAGAUUUGGUGGUAGUUUUCGCCCACCAUCUCCAGUGUCUCAUAUCGACGAAGAGCAUAUGUAUGAGGAAGAAAAAGAAGAAGAAGAAAAGAAAAAAGAAAAAGAAACAAAAAAGACUGAAACAGCUUUCUGGGAUGUGUGUCAGAUAAUUGCUAGAGAAAGGAAAAUUCGGGACGUUGACGAAGACAGAGGACUCCAAGUUAUCAAAGUUGUUACAUACAUCCUCCUGUUCUGUAUUCUACUGUGGUGUGCUGUAGCUCAAAAACUCAGUCUAAUGGUUCUUGUGUCACCGCAAUUUGAUCGUACUGAGAACCGGUCAGAGUCGAAAGUAAUGGAACACAGUGCCGAAGCCGCGGCCAGACACAUUCUUCUUACAAUAGCUAUUUUAAUCCCGUACUGCCUGAUCUUCCUAAGUAGCGUCUUCAAGUGGAUGUUUGGAAACUUGCCUUUACCAAGCGCUUCGACAUUCUUCCUGUGUUUGAUUGUCGAAGUAAUGCAUUCCAUUGGACUGUGCAUACUUGCUUUUAUCGUGCUUCCGGAAAUUGACAUUGUUCGUGGAAUAUUUCUGCUCAGUGGCGUGGCAAUUAUUCCAGCCAUUCUGUUUCCGGUUUGUGCAUCAAAUGUUAAAGUACAUAAAAGCCGUGAAAGACAAUCAAGUGGAAAGAAACUUGCUGUCUUUGCCUUGAAUAUUCUAACAGUGCUGCUGCAGUUUGGGUACAUCCCUGUUGUUCUGCUUACGGACCAUUUCAUACGUGACAGCAAAGUGGAUAAUGAAGUAUACGAUAUUGUACUUUUUGUUGUGUCUAUGAUUUUUGUUUCAUGUACUUACUGGGAGAAUUUUGUGGAUGACAGAUUCUGUGGUCGAACAAAUCAAAGAGGAUGUUGGAGAAAGUUUAUACUUAAGGCAAAAUUCGACCUUCAAGAGGCAAGGCCAGUAAUUUCUUGCUGCACUACUUUUUUCAAGAUUGGUCUGACCAUUCUCUUCUCUUGGAUUAUCAAAACAUAUCAUCCAGAAAAUGACUCUGAAACAGGCGAAAGCAAUAGGGGUAUCGACAAGGUUACAUUCUCUGAAGCGUUUGAGAAACUUGGAGAAUUACCAAUAGCAAACAGUGCUGCCAUAAUUACAUUGACACUGUCAGCUUUUGUAGGUCAUUACGUGGGGUACACUGCAUGUAAGUUAAAGCUGCAAAAGUUUUCCUUUAAUCUUCCCCUAAUACUUUCUACUCCAUUGGCUAUAGUAUUGGCAGCAGUUGAUUGUUCUGGCAUAGGUAUACUUGUGCCAUUCACAGAGGAGAAAAUACCAUGCAGAGCCGAGGAAGAAUUUCAAGAUACAGCGGUGCAUUAUGUAUCCGGAAUAGUUGUGUGGGUGUCCUUGUAUUGGCUUUGUAGACAUAUAUUCUACCCAGAUAUAGAAAGACUGGCAAAGACAGAAAGGUUGUUUAUGAACCCAUUCUACUGUGGCAUUCUUUUCGAGCAGAACAUGAUUCUUAACAGACGUCGUCAUACAAGAAAAGUACACAAGGAGAUAAAGAAUGAUAAGGUGUACUACAGGUUGUCUGAGUAUAACUCCAAGGUAAACAUAGAGGGUGAAGAGGAAGAUGAUGUUGCUAGCCAAACUGAUAGCAAAAAGGAUAACGAAGAUAUCUAUGCAUCUGAUUAUCAGAAUCCAAAGUUCAGGGAUGCGCCAAUGAUAUAUGCAUGUGCAACUAUGUGGCAUGAGACUAAAUACGAAAUGUUGCAACUCAUGAAGUCCCUAUUUAGAAUGGACCGAGAUCAAUGUAUUAGAAGACAUGCUGAAGAGGUGUUUCAAAAGGAAGACAAAGAUUUCUAUGAUUUUGAAGCGCACAUUUUGUUUGAUGAUGCAAUGACACUAAACGAUGACGAGGAAAUGGUACCAAAUGAUUUUGUGAAGCUGCUUGUUAACAUUAUGGACGAAGCAGCGAGCUGCGUAUAUGAGAAAGCCACUAAAAUCAAGGCGCCAUACAAGGUCCCAACUCCAUAUGGAGGCCAGCUUAUCUUUACAAUGCCAGGCGACAAUUUUCUCUUCAUACAUCUCAAAGACAAAGCAAAAAUAAGACACAGGAAACGAUGGUCACAGGUAAUGUACAUGUAUUACUUGCUGGGCUUCCGAAUUGUACGCAUGUGUCAAGAAACUGUCUCAGCAGCCCUAAACGAAGGAAAAAUUAAUGAACUUAUUCAGUGGGAACCAGGAACCGCCCCUGGAGCAGGAAUUGGCAGGAGUCAUAUUUUCCAGGCUUUCGACGACCAAGUUCUGAAGAAGGCAAGUAAUACGUUCUUGUUGGCUCUAGAUGGAGAUGUUGACUUUUCUCCUGGAGCUGUACGCCUUCUACUCGACAGAAUGAGGAAAAGUGAAAAAGUUGGGGCCGCCUGCGGCAGAAUUCAUCCAAUAGGAACGGGUCCGGUUGUUUGGUUCCAGAAGUUUGAGUAUGCUAUCGCUCACUGGUUACAGAAAGCUACAGAGCAUGUCCUUGGGUGUGUUCUUUGUAGUCCAGGGUGUUUCUCAAUGUUCAGAGGUUCUGCACUUAUGGACGAUAACGUAAUGAAAAAGUAUACAAUCCUACCUACAGAGGCUGCCCAUCACCUAAUGUAUGAUCAAGGUGAAGAUCGCUGGUUAUGUACGCUCCUUCUCCAGCAAGGUUAUAGGGUUGACUAUGCAGCUGGUUCUGACGCUUUCACUUACGCUCCAGAGGGCUUUGCAGAAUUCUUCAAUCAGCGCCGAAGAUGGAUGCCAUCAACAGUCUUUAAUAUCAUUGACCUGCUUGCUGACUACAAGAACACCGUGUACGUUAAUUCCAACAUCAGUAUGCUGUACAUCCUGUACCAGGGUGCGCUGCUGAUGUCUACAAUUGUUGGUCCUGCGACAGUUUUGAUGAUGAUCGCUGGAGCAAACAUGGUUGUAUUCAAGGUCACUGUAAUCUGGGGCUAUGUGAUUGCACUUGCGCCUGCAUUUUUCUAUUUUAUCACAUGUUUUUACGUGAAGUCAAAGACCCAGAUUCAAAUAGCGGAAGUACUCACCGGUCUAUAUUCUUUUGUGAUGAUGAUAGUGUUGGUUGGAACUAUAGUAACAGCAGCUCAGGAGAGUCCAUUUCACCCCAGCGUCAUAUUUCUCGGAUUUCUAGUUGUAGCGUUUACAUUCUCAGCCUUUUUGCAUCCAAAGGAAUGGUCAUGCAUUAUUUUUGGUGCACUAUACUUCCUUCUUAUUCCUACCGGAUUUUUGUUGUUGAACAUAUACUCACUUUGUAAUCUGCAUGUUGUUUCCUGGGGCACUCGAGAAGUUCCGAAGAAGAAGACAAAAGCCGAACAAGAAGAAGAGAAAAGGCAAGCUGAAGAAAAGAAAAAGAAAAAGAAAGAAAGAGGUUUUUUCGGCAAGUUUUUUCCAACAUUUCCGACUAAAGAAUUUAAAGACAUGAUCAGCAAACUUACAGAGAGUCAGAACACAAAGAAAGAAGAUCUAAGUUCGAGUGAAACUAAUAAACUUUUAAAGGAAAUGAAUGAACAUUUAAAGGACCUUGUUGAACAAAAGAAUAAGCCGAUACAAUCAACGAGACAGGUAAUGCCGGAUGAGGAAACCAAAACAGUACACAUAUCUGCAGAUGAGCCAGUAGAGUUUAAACCUAAGGGCAUAUUGAAACAUCCACAUACUGAUCAUCAGUCUAAGAAACACGCACAAAUAUCAGAAAGUGUGAGAAAUAUUGACGAUGAUUCAGAAGAAACAAUUUAUGACAGGGUUAAAAGGAGGAGAAAUGACCUAGUUAAUCCGGCAUGGGCAGAAUGCAAAGAACUCGGAAAUGGAAAAGUUAUUCCACUUGCAUCGGAAGAACUGAAGUUCUGGGAUAGUUUUGUGAAGAAGUACCUGGAACCUCUUACACUUACGGAUGAUCAAAAAAAGAACACUGCAAAAGGUCUGAUAGAGUUAAGAAAUAACAUUGCUCUUGGCAUGGCGAUGAUAAACUUGCUUUGGAUCGCCAUCAACUUUAUGUUUCAGUUCGAAAGUCCAACAACAAUACCGUUGACAUUCACCGGAUCAGAUAAUAACCCUGAUAGUCCUGACUAUCUGGAGGAGAAUCAAGAAGAUUCUGACAAAUCUGAAACAGCUGAUAACAUUAUAGAAGUUGACGUUUUGGGAUUGUUGUUUAUAUUCUUCUACCUUACAAUUUUGCUGCUGCAAUUUGUCGGCAUGAUUAUUCAUCGUUGGGGAACCUUCCAGCAUUUAGUCUCUGUGACAAAACUAAAGAAUCCUUUCCCGAUGGCUGAUAGGAGAGCAAGACAACGGUCUAGUUCUGAGGAAGGAACAAAGGAUAUCGAUGCAAAGGAAGCUAGAGAAAUAAUAGAUAAUAUAUUGAAGGAACCUUUACCCGACUAUUCUGAUGACAGUGGAGCUGAAGAGGAAUUUGAAAAGGAAGUUGAGGAAGAACUUCAAGUUUUACAGAAAACAGGGUCAAGGUAUCGUGUUACGGUUACCCAAAAAGGCAUCGGUGCGACAUCUCGGCGUCUAGGUGAUACAGUGCCUGACUUGGGCAGAUCAGGAAAUAAUGCUUUGUCAAAAAGCGCUAGAUACAUCAAAGACGGUUUACAAGCAACAAUGAGAAAGUAUGUCAGCGCUCCGAAAAGUGAUGCGUUGAAGAGGGGAAUGCAACAUGAAGCUUACAAGGCAAAGGAUAAAUACGUUGAUAGACCUCUUCCACCAGUUAGGCAAAGAAGACUGAAUCUUGGGCCCGGAAGAUCGGAGCUAGCGACACGGUUGCAAGAGAAAAAUCCUGGAGUUUCAAGAUAUUUCAAAGAUUCAAAUUCCGAUGGACCUUUGAUUCCUGAAGACGACAAUAUUUAUGACAAGAUAGGGUCAAAAGGAACAGUAAGUCGACAAAUUGGAAAGAGGCUGAAGCUGUGUGCCAAAUCGUACGAAUCAAUGGAAUCACAUUCGAAUGGACCUGGUCAUCGCGUCGUAUCUUUUGAAAACUCGGGACGCCCAACAUCUACGCCGGGGCAAAUGCAAACCCACCACAGACACCAUCAUCAUUAUCGUAGAUAUGAUAGAUACUGAAAUGUGUGCUCUGGAUGAAGAUGGCACGAAUUACAGGAAUCACUUUAGCUUUACUGAGGUCACAACACUGUGAGAAGGAGACAUAGACUAUGAAUAAUCUACAUAUACUCUUAUCCGAUGUAGACCAUAUUCCUUUGACUACUGAGAACAUUUAUUAUCAGAGGAAAAGUACAGUACACUGUUCUACACUGGUAUCCAUCACUUCUGAAACUAUCCGUAGAUGAUAGGAACUAGACCGGUUUUCCAUUGCCUUCAAUAUUCAUGAUAUGACCGUUCUGUCCGCAACAGAUUUCGUGCAGAACAGACAAAACACGCUGUAAAAAUUCCAGAACACUAAUAUUUUUCACUCCAUUGACUCUAAAAGUGUACUGAAUGUCCGUAUUAAACAUGAACUUGGUUAUCAUGUUCGGAAGUUUUGAUUAAACUAGAAAGCUGGACCCAAAUGCUUUAGUGAGAUAGAUGCAACAUUAGAUGAGAAAGAUAACUCCUAUGCAUGAGAUAUGCCUUAAUUAAUCAAAAAUGUAAUUGAAAUCAAAAUAUUGAUUUGAACGACUAAGAUGCUGUGUACUAGUAUUUAAUGAAAAUGUUGGCAAUGUUUGGUAUAAAUGGAUAAAAUAUAUUCGUUUUGCAAUUGAGAAUAUGUUUCGACGCCAAUGGUGUAGGUUGCACUACCAUUGUAUAUCUCGGGGAACGUGCAGGGUCAGUGAUGUGGAACUUUACUGUGAUAGUUUUUUGUUUUUACUAUAUAACCUAAUCAAUAUCAUUUUAUAUCAUCCAUUUUGAUGUAAUGUUGUUAACAUAUCUUCUAAAUAUGUAUAUAUGUGUUGUAAAAAUAACAUGUAAUUUUACCACAACGAUAUUUUUAUCGUUUAAUUAUGUGAAUAUUGUUUUGUAAAUUAUCUUCGUUUCUUUUUACAAGGUUAAGUUUGUCCUUUAUUGACAUAAAAAACCCACUAAAAUCCAU